ACACACACACACACACAGUCUGUGUGAUAAAUAAUUGCAUGCCAUGGUAGGCUACUGUCCAAUCUGUGGAAAGCCUGUCUACUUUGGUGAGAAGAAGAGGUCCUUAGGCAGGGACUACCAUCCUCUCUGUCUGAAGUGUCAGAAGUGCAACAGACAGCUCACGGCUGGACAACAUGCUGAGUAUGAUGAGAAGCCAUAUUGUUCACACUGCUAUAUAAAGAUGUUUGGGCCGAGAGGUAACAGGUGACAUGUCGCCAUGGUGCAGCAUCAUCAUCCUCACCACAGAAACCUGACGCAGCAGGAAUGGAAAAAGAAGAAGCAAUUUCAAAGUCAAUUAUAUUAAUUAAUGAAAAUGGACUGAAAUCUGAUUUYGAGAAAACUUUAGCUUCAUUUAAAUCAUUUUAUAUAGACAAAAUUAAAUAUUUAUAAAUGUCCCAUGGCUACCUGAUGCACUGUGUGUUUAUUCUUUUGUUUCUCUGGUAAACAGUUGUAAAGUUAUAGGUUUUGUAAAUCGCCUGUUUUUAUCCAUUAAAAAGAGAUUUUUGUUUCACUCAAAAAACAGAUUUAGGAAUUUACUUAAAAAUGAUGUCAACUG